AGACGACUCAGUACAGUAAGACCUAAAUCCAAUACCUACCUCUUCCCAAAAUCACUAACUCGUCUUCCACUCUCUGACUCGCUUGCCCGCUGUAGCAAUGAGUUAGAAGACCCUUUUCAGGUUAAGAUUUCAAAGAGGAAAAAACCACUGUCAGAUUCAAUGAAGAAAAGGGUGCGUCGACCAACUUCUCAAUUUGCCCAAGAACAGGGGGGUUACAACUUGAGAGAUAGAAAGAAAAAUAAGCAUGAAUGCAACAACAAUUUGGGCUUGGACAGAAUUAGUAGUUUGCCAAAUGAAGUACUUGUUAGUAUACUGUCUCUCUUGUCACUAAAGGAAGCACAAGCCACCAGUGUCCUUUCUAGGCGAUGGCAGCAUCUGUGGCGGCAUGUGUUAGCAUCUACUAGGACUCUCGACUUUGAUGCUGAGAAAACUUUAUGCAGAUUGUCUAACCUCAGAGCAGGAGCACGAGACUUGUUAAUCUGUAGGUACGUUGAUUGGGUGAAUAAUGUGGUGGAACAUCAUCGAGGCCCAAUGGUUGAAACAUUCAGGAUUUGUUUCGAUCUUGAUCCUAAGUUUUCAAGUUCCCUCGAUAAAUGGAUUCAAUUUGCAAUGGAAAAGGGAGUUCAAAUGCUUGAGUUGGACUUGUUAUCAUACGGUGUUUUUCCUCGGAAGUUCUUCCCAUGCUACAUUUUUCCCCAUGAACUUUUAGGUAUAAAAAAAGAGUCCACUUUGAAGCACUUGUGUUCUGAUAUUCCAAGUCUCCACCGUUGUGCAUGCAUUGGCUUUAAGUCCCUCACAGUUCUUAAUUUCAAAAGUGUUGAUGUGGAGGAAGAAGUUCUUGAGUACUUCUUGUCCAACUGUCCUGUUCUUGAACGAUUAUUAGUGGAUGAUUCACCAAAUUUGCGCAAUCUAAGAGUUGUUGGUCCAUCAGUUUCAUUGAAGUACUUAGUGAUAGAGCAAUGUUCCAGCUUCAUAAGCAUUGAGAUAUGUGACACAAACCUAGUCUCGUUUAUUUAUGUUGGAUGUGAGAUAAACAUGCUUCUUAGGAAUCUACCACAUCUUGUUGAGGUAUGUGAUUUUUCCUAUAAGAGCAUAGGGGAUGCCUUCACUCAACUUUCAUGCUGUCUUUCUCAGCUAGAGAUUCUCAAACUGAACGGACUUCUGUUCCAAGAAAGGAAUCAUGUAUUUCCUGUACUAGCAAAUCUCAAGCAAUUGGAACUAAAAUUUCAAGCAAAUGAUUGCUUCAUCCUUCUUCAGUUGGCUUCUUUCAUUAAGGCAUCUCCGUACUUGCACAGACUUGUGUUGGAGUUGUACCCGUUAUGCGAGAGAAGAGAAACGAGAUUUAAGAAGGCAUCCAAAUGCUCCCAUGAGUACCUUAGGGUAGUGGAAAUUGGAGGGUAUGAUGGUCGCGCAAGUGAUUUUGAAAUUGUCAAGUACUUGAUAGAGAAUGCUGUUCAACUGGAGAAAAUUGUUAUUGAUCCUGCUGAUCCUAUCGAACCACAUUAUUGUUUUCCUAAGCACAGAAUAAAGAAGACUAUUGAAGAAGUGGAGAGGGAAGAAAAUGCAAGAAAUCUUGCUAGGCAGCAGCUUAUAGAAAAGGUUCCUUCAACCGUAGAAUUUGUAUGCCUCUAGCAAGAGAGAUGCCUAAAUCAUAUAUAGAUUGUGUUGGUAAUUAUAUAAAUCAAUAAGUGUAUGUAAUAAAGAAACUGCUAUCAAGUUUAUGAGUACAGUUUUUCAUGUUGUACAUGUUACUGGCGAGCCAGUAAAUUUAUCUGAUCUCAAAGAUUAAUAAUAGUCAUAAUGCAUGUUAGUGGCCCUGAUUUUUCA